CCUAGGAUAACCCUAAAAAGCCAAAGUGACUUUUUUCCAUGUUACUACUCCAACAUUUACAUAAUAUAGCUCAUAUAUACAUAGAUCAUGUAUUUAUGUAGCCUCACAUCAAACAUACACUUUAAACAGUUACAGUGUGGCUGAUGGAGAGGGUUGUGGGUAUGACGUAUAUACUGACGUAAGGGUGUGCCAUCCUGGUGGGGAUCCGCCCUCACACUACACAAGUCCUCCCACCACCAUGGACGACACCGCCCCGCUCAUCCUCUGGCUCCUCGUCAACAAACAACAACACGCCACAUCCGAGGGAGAGAGUGGUGAGGAUGCUGGUGUCAAACAGUUGGUGUCAGUGCCAAUGUGGCCACACUGGACGGCCAGGGAGGUUCAAGUGGCCCUCCUCAAGACCCUAGGUAUGGGCCAUACCAUCUAUGGUCACAGCAUCGUCAGGGUCCGCGACGCCCAUGGUGCUCUGGUCCCGCUCACGCCCAUCACCCUUAAAUCUACGCCCGUACAACCCCUCCUUCUAGAAAUUUGUCCAGCCUACCAAGACGGCUCUGGGGAAGGAGAGACGACAGAGCUGCCUCCCUCCUUCAGAAAGACUGUGCAGGACAUAGUAACUCGCUUCGAGACGCGACUGGCGGUGGUGGAGGCGGGUGUGGGCGGCCUGCAGGGGAAGCGGGCGGCGCAGCUGGAGGCUGAGCUGCAGCGGCUCCAAGAUACACUCUCUUUCAUGUCCCGCCGUCUUGACCUGACCCGAGCCCCGGCCUGGGUUACUGAGGGUCAUACCUGAAUAAUUGACCAGACCCGUGCCCCAGCCCUGGGUCUCCGGGGCUCAGACCUGAGCUCUUGACCUGACCCGAGCCCUGAUCUGGGUUACCGGGGGGUCAGACCUGAAUCUUUGACCUGAUCCGUGCCCCAGCCUGGGUCUCCAGGGUUCAAACAUGAGCCCUUGACUUGACCCCAUAGGUCACUACUCUUCACCUCAAAUCACGUGCCAUCAACAACCUCUGUCAUAACUACCGUAACCUUUUUCGAUAAUUAGAUAACUUGUUUUAUCAAGAGUUAGAAAGUUAACUACAAGUACAAGACCUAGCUUGCUCGCCUCCUUAACUGACUUUCACAAUUCCCGGCUUCCUUAUUUUCUAAGACUUUCAGAAUGUCAUUCUUCCCUUCCAGAAUGCUUCAUGGCUGUCGUCUUCCAAAUUACUUCAUUUGAUAAUUAUUCUGCCUCCCUAAGCCUCUUGACUUCCUGAUCUCUUCUUGCCUGCGUAACCUCUCUCUCGAUUUCCUGACCUUUCUUGACUUUCUGACCCUGCGAUUAAUUUCCUGACCUUUUGUUGACCUGACUUCGUGACUUGAUGAUGUUCUUGCAUGUUUAUCUUCUGCCCGUCCUUGUUCUUUACCUAAUUAUCUUCCGAGUCAACCAUCCUGACCUUCCUUCAUGACCUCUCCUGACGUUCGCUCCUGACCUUGCUGAGCUCUCCACCUGGCCUCCGAGCCUCCUGACUGCAUUAUGUGAGACCUUAGAGAGGCGUCAGCGAUGUUGUGGGUCUUGAUGAGCUCCUUUUGUGAUGCUCUGACACUGUGAAGAUUUGCUGCUUUUCAGGCGAGAUAUUCCAUUUUUGUCUCUCAUUAUUGUGAUCUCUUUGUUGCUGUGUAUAUGUCUAGGGCUUUAUGUCUCUCUCAGUGUCUAUUGUUUUACACACACACAUAUUAAACAGUAUAUAUAUAUAUA